AUGCUACAAACUCUCCUGAACGACUACUCUUGUAAAAUUGAUAGUUCAAGCUACAUGUCUUGCGAUUGCGAUGGUAAAUACCCUAAACUGAAUUUUGUGUUCUCUGGGAAAGUCUUUACUCUAUCUCCAAUAGAUUAUUUCGUCAUUGAAGACGAUAAAUGCUAUCCAACUCUUCACUAUAACAGCAAAAUAAAUUAUUGAAUAUUGGGUGAGGGUUUUAUUCGAAGGUUUUAUCUACAUUUUGAUAUGGAUCAAAUGAGAAUUGGUUUUGCAAAAUCAAUCACAAAAUCUUCUGAAGGGAUGGCUACGUGGCUACUUGCUGUGAUCAUCACAUGCUCAGUUAUAGGCUUUAUUCUAAUUUGUGCAUGCCUAGGCGUAUAUAUAUAUAAAAAAUAG